AAAAAUCUGGGUUUUCAACCAUUGGCAUGUUUUUUAAAAUUGAAAAAUCUCAUUUAAAUUCACCUUCACGUUCGUACACCCCGUCACCGAAGCAUCUCUGUUCUUCAAGGUACGCGUCUGAACUCUUACUUUCUCUGCCCUCUGGAACAAAAUUUCGAAAAAUUUCCCAGUCAUUCACUGAUUGACUGCCCAACGUUGCUUGUCUUGAUUUAUUGAAAUUCCAUUCCAAUGUAUUAUUAAAAUUAUUUGUUUUCUCCAUGACUGUGAUCUUCCUUACAAUUGAAGCUAUGGAUAUUUUCAUUCUUGACUAGGAUAGGAAGGACCAGCCUGUGAUUGUCCUCCCCUUUACUGUUUUCUACUUUUGAUUCUCUUAUUUUGUUUUUGUUUUUUAUUAUCUCAGAUUUGAAAAAGAUGUCUUUGAAGUACCAGACCGGCUUAUAACAGGUUCUAUCUUCUCACAUACAUACUCUGUAUUAUAUGAAGUAUUGUUUAUGGAUCCUCCGUUCAGUGGGUUGCCCGACUCUGUAAAAACAUCACGUCUGGAAGAUGGAUUCUUCUUUUCUAGCAGCUUUCAGCUAUCUGAUGAUACCCCUAACAAUUGCUUUUUAGCUUCUCUGGAUUUCAUGAAUAACCAUUUGACUGCCACACCCCCUUCCAACCUUUUCUCUUCUCUACCUGGAGAGUUAUACUCACCAAAUGGUGAUGACCCUGUCGCCAAGUACCUCAACCAGAUACUACUGGAGGAAAACAUCAAUGAGAAACCUUGUAUGUUCCAUGAUGCAAUUGCUCUUAAAGACGCUGAUGAGUCCUUCUCUAAGGACCCUCCCCCUUCUAGCAAUACUUCUGACCCGGCUCAGUGGACUGUUGAUCCUUCUGAAUCAUCUGAGAGCUCAAAUUUUUCUUUAAAUACGAACAAUAUCCAAGUGCUAAAUGCUGAUGACCAUGGAAACAUGUUUAGUGACUCGGAGGCUGUACUGCUGUUCAAGAGAGGAAUGGAAGAAGCAAAUAAAUUUCUCCCUGCUGCUAAUAUUUUUUUUACUGACCUCGACAUUUCACCCAAUAAUACUUCUAGAGGAAAGAAGCAUCAGCAUCCGGACGAAAACAGGUUUGAAGAUGAAAGGAGCAGCAAGCAAUCUGCAGUUUAUGUGGAGGAGGAGUUAUCGGAGGCGUUUGAUCAGGUUUUGCUGUCUGAUCCUAAAUUUCCAAGUCGCGUGAAGGAAAGUCAGCCUGAAAUAGUUGGGAAAGGUAUGCCACACUGUGACGGGAAAAGGCGUGCAAGGAUGCAGCAACAACAACAGCAGGAGGAGGAAGAUACAACAACGGAAGCUGUAGAUCUGCAGACUCUUUUAAUGAGCUGUGCACAAUCAGUUGCUAUUAAUGAUCGCAAGUCUGCAAACGAACAACUAAAACAGAUUUGGCUUCACUGCUCACCCAACGGUGAUGCUGACCAGAGGCUAGCAUACUUUUUAGCACGCGGUCUCGAGGUGCGUUUGACCGGCACAGGGACCGAGCUUUAUAGAUCCGGAGCCCCUAAGGGAAUCACUGCUUUUGAUAAGUUAAAAGCAUACCAGGUCUACAUGUCAACAUGCCCUUUCAAGAAGAUUGCAAUAGACUUUGCAAAUAAGAUGAUUUACAUGGCGUCAUCCAAAGCUAAAACACUACACAUCAUAGAUUUCGGCAUUCAUUAUGGUUUCCAGUGGCCCAUCCUUCUCCAACAUCUUUCAAACAGGCCUGGUGGGCCUCCUAAACUUCGCUUUACUGGAAUUGAUUAUCCAAAACCUGGUUUUAGGCCUUCCGAAUUGAUAGAAGAGACUGGACGCCGCCUGGCAAAGUAUUGCGAGCGCUUUGGUGUUCUAUUUGAGUACAAUGCUAUAGCGACUCGGAAUUGGGAGACAAUUAAAAUCAAAGAUUUGAAGCUUGCAAGAAGAGGUGAGGAGAUUGUUGCUGUGAACUGCUCAUUUCGGUUUAAAGACGUUUUUGAUGAGAUUGAGGUGAUGGGGGAGAGUCCUCGUGACGCAGUCCUAAGGCUAAUCCGGAAAGUCAACCCUAGUAUUUUUGUGCAAGCUGUUGUCAAUGGAUCAUACGGUUCUCCAUUUUUUGCUUCUAGGUUCCGUGACGCUCUCUACCACUACUCUUCAUUUUUUGAUAUUUUUGACACUCUAUUACCCCGUGAUGAUCCGCAGAGGCUUCAAUUUGAGGAUGAUCACUUUGGGCGGGAGGCGUUGAAUGUGAUUGGAUGUGAGGGCACAGAGAGGGUUGUGAGGCCUGAGACAUACAAGCAGUGGCAGUGGAGGAACAGUAGAGCUGGGUUUAAGCUUCUUCCCUUGAACCCGGGACUGAUGGCUGAGUUGAAAAAAAAGUUGAAGGCUGGUUACCACAAACAGUUUCUUCUUGAUGAAGAUGGUGACUGGAUGGUACAGGGGUGGAAGGGGCGGGUUCUGUGUGCUAGCUCAUGUUGGGUGCCUGCAAAAUAGAGGUACAUAGCUUCUUCUAUACCUAUCCAAGAGUUGCAUAUUCUUAUCAUCCACGCGAUUUGGGUCAUGCACAAGGAGUGUUUCUCUUACAGACCUAAUAACAGCUAUUUUAUGGACUUCAUCUAUCUGCGGCUCCAGAUAGCCGGACAUGUGAAACAGUGGCUGAAUCAGGAAGCUUUAACUGGUGGCUAAGUUAGGGACUUGUUUAUUAUGAUAGUCAUUCUUUCCUGUUAUUAGGAAUCUAUUCCUUGAUAGAUGACAUUCCUUUUGAUGGUCUAUAUAAGGCACUAUAGGUUCCUAGUUAGAAUAUGCUUAUUUCGUUUUUCGGUUUUUCCACAUUAAAGCACGACGGCUCCAUAGGUCAGCGUCCUUGCCUAGGGUGGGGGAUUUGGAUGUAUUACUCAAAUCAUCACUAGUUCACAAAAUAGCAACAUAAUCACAUUCCCUUUCCUUCUCGCAAAGGUCUUGGACCAGACGAGGUCCAGAUCCUAUAUGUGUCGUAAACCGUCAGAGUAUGUCAUAUGUACUUGAAUAUUUUAGGGAAAACUAUCAAAUAAGCCCCUGUACUAUACCGAAAAAGUCGAUUAGGCCCUCGCACUUUACAAACACUCAAUUAAGUCCUUGAACUUUUAAAAAACGUUCAAUUAAGCCCUUUCGGUCGGUAAGUAACCGGUUUCCCGGUUAAAUGUAACCCGUUUCCCGGCAGCCGCCGUUGCUGGAGUUCGAGCACAUCGUCGCCGUCGUCGCCGUUUCACCGGGAAAUCGGUUACUUACCGACCAAAAGGGCUUAAUUGAACGUUUUUUAAUAGUUCGAGGACUUAAUUGAGUGGUACGAGAGCCUAAUCGACUUUUUCGGCAUAGUACGAGGGCUUAUUUGAUAGUUUUCCCAAUAUUUUAUGUUUAUCCAUUAAUGAAGUUCUGGAUUGUUUUUCCAGUAUUUUUAGUUUCGUUUAAUUUUAUUUGGUCCCGAAUUAAUAUACUAGUAGCUAAUAAAA